AUGGUUGAGUGGGUUGUUAUAGUUUACGAUAAGCCGGGGUCUGACAGAUCUCAAUUCAGACCACAACAUUUGGCAGCUCUUCCACCACUUGUGGAGUCGGGUAAACUUGUUCAAGCUGGUGCCAUCUACAAAGAUGUAAUUGACGGUAAGCCAACCAACUUUGCUGGUUCUCAUUUGACAGUCGUUGCUGAUACUAAAGAGGAAGUCAUUCAAAUUAUCAAGAAUGACGUGUUCGCAAAAGAAGGUAUCUGGGACGUUGAGAAUGCCAUCAUAUAUCCAUUUGGAUGUGCCUACCGUGUGGCAAAGAAAUAG